AUGAAAGAAUAUGACCAAGGUCUUGAAAAAGAGAAAUCAGCUCUUGAAGAUUUUGCCAAUAAAUAUAUUAUUCAAGGAAUUCCUGGUUUUAUUCCACAGGAUUUUUUAGAUGCAAUAUAUAAAACUUUAAUAGAUUUUUAUACCUAUCAUAGAAAUAUAAAAACUAAAUUAGUAUUAGUUUGUAUUAUGGAAAAAAUAACUAUUCAAAAAGAUGUUGGUAUUACAAAUAUAGAAGAAGAUAAAGCAUAUUUUAAAUCAGAUACACAUUCUAAUCUUAAAUCAACUAAUGUUAAAAAAUUAAUUAAAUUUUUUUACACUGGUAUUAUUAAUUCUAUUGAAAAUUAUGUAACUAAAGGAAGUAAUUGGAAUUUUAAAGAAGUGGAUAAACUAGAAAUUCAUACUGUUGAGUAUAAUCCAACAAAGGGUUCAUCAUAUAUUGAUCUUCCUAAAAAGAUAAAAGAUAAAAAAGCAAUUAUUAAUAUUAAAAAUAAAGAUGACAAAUGUUUUCUUUGGUGUAUUCUUAGAUAUCUUCAUCCAAGAGAUAGAGAUCAAGAAAGAAUAGGUGAUUUAAAAAAGUAUGAGUUUUCUCUUAACACAAAAGGUAUUACUUUUCCAAUGAAUGUAAAUAAGAUUAAUAAAUUUGAGAAACUUAAUCCAGAACUUCCAGGAAUUAAUGUUUUUUCUGUAGAUGAUAAAAAUGAUAUUUAUCCUUUGAGAGAAGCAAAAAGAGAUUGUAAAAAUUCUAUUGAUUUAUUUUUGUAUGAAGAAGAUGGUUUUUCUCAUUACUCAUUAAUAAAUAAUUUUCAUAGGUUAAUAAGGUCUCAAAAAACUGUAGGUGGUAAUGGUAAAUUAUUUAUUUGUAAGAGAUGUUUUAGUCACUACACUAAAGAAGAAUUACUAGAUGAACAUAUUAAAUAUUGUUCUAAAAAUCAAACAGCACUUAUAAAAAUGCCAGAACCAAAUAAAUAUUUAUAUUUCAAAAAUUACCAUAAACAACUACCUAUUCCUUUUGUAGUUUAUGCAGAUUUUGAAUGCUUUACCAAACCAAUGAAUACUUGCAGUCCUAAUCCAAAAGACUCUUAUAAUUACAACUAUCAAAAACACGAACCAUCAGAAUUUUGUUUUUAUGUUAAAGGAAUAGUUAAUAAAAAAAUCACACCAAUUAUUUAUACUAAAACUUCUGAAGAUGAAGACAUUUCAAAAGUAUUUGUAGAAAAACUUACAGAAGUAACAAAAGGAAUUUAUAAUGAUUUUUAUCAAAGACCAAAACCUCUCAGACUAACUAGUGCAGAACAAAAAUCAUUUGAAGAAGCUAAUAUUUGUCAUAUUUGUAAUUGUGAAUUAAAAAAGGAUAAAGUACGAGAUCAUUGUCAUUUUACUGGACAGUAUCGCGGUGCAGCACAUAACAAAUGUAAUCUUAUGUGUAAAAAACCAAAAGUAUUACCAGUUAUAUUUCACAAUCUUCAAGGUUAUGAUGCUCAUCUAUUUAUUAAACGACUUGCAAGAUUAGAAGGAAAGUUAGAUUGUAUUCCAUCUACAGAAGAAAAAUAUAUUUCAUUUUCUAAAACUAUUAAAGUUGGGGAAUAUAAAGAUUAUAGUGGAUCAAGUUUUGAUAUAAAAUUUGAAAUACGAUUUUUAGAUUCAUUUAAGUUUCUUCAAACAUCACUUGCCAAUCUUGUUUCAAAUUUAUCACCGGGUGAUUUUAUUAAUACAAAACAUGCAUUUAAGUCAAAUACAGAAUUACUAACUCGCAAAGGAGUUUAUCCUUAUGACUAUGUUUCAUCACUUGAUAAAUUAUCUGAAACCCAAUUACUACCAAAAGAGGAAUUCUAUUCAAAACUAAACGAUGAAGAUAUUAGUGAUGAAGAUUACCAACACGCAAUAAACGUGUGGAAUACAUUUGGAUAUAAAACAAUAAGAGAUUAUCACAAUCUUUAUCUCAAGUCUGAUGUCCUAUUGCCAGCAGAUGUAUUUGAAAACUUUAGAAAAACUUGUCUUAAACAUUACAAGUUAGAUCCAGUUCAUUAUUACACAUCUCCUGGUCUAGCUUGGGAUGCAUGUCUAAAAACAACAGGACAACAUUUACAGUUAUUACAUGAUUAUGAUAUGUUAAUGAUGUUUGAGCGAGGUAUACGUGGUGGAAUAACACAUAUAUCAAAAAGAUAUGCAGUAGCAAAUAAUAAAUAUAUGAAAGGCUAUAAUCCUGAUGAGGAGUCAAGUUAUAUUCAAUAUCUGGAUGCAAACAAUCUUUACGGUUGGGCAAUGUCUCAAAAUCUACCAACACAUGGAUUUAAAUGGAUGAAGAAUAUAACAAAAGAAAAGGUAGAGGCUAUUCUAGAAAAAGCAAAUCAUUGUAUGUUAAAUAUGGGGCGGAAAGGAUAUAUAUUUGAAGUUGAUUUGGAGUACCCAACCCAUCUAUGGGGCACACAUAAUGACUAUCCCUUAGCACCUGAGAAGAUGAUUGUUAAUGGUGUUGAAAAAUUAAUUUGUCAUUUCAAACCUCGAAAAAACUAUGUUGUUCACUAUCGUAAUCUUAGGCAAUACCUUGAAAUGGGAAUGAGAAUAACUGCUGUUCAUAGAGGAAUAUCAUUUUAUCAAAGUUCUUGGAUGGAGCCAUAUAUUCGAAAAAACACAGAACUUAGAAAGACAGCAGCCAACAAUUUUGAGAAAGACUUUUUCAACUAA